AGUCACGAAAUUUGCUCCCGACAGUCUGUCACCAGAAUAAGCCUCCGGCUGCUUCGUUGCUCGGUAUCUGUCUCCCAGCCCGAGCUGGAUUGGGGCGGCUUUGACACGAGCAGAGCAUCAAGACCCAACGGGCGAGGGAGGCACGAAAGCGUUUUCUUUGUUGGCUCUUCUUCCGGAGAAGAUAUACGAAGAAAAAGUAACGGAACUCAAGUUCUGGUUGACGCCAAGCCACUGGAGAGGAAACUGCACCUCGAAACGGAUCUCCUAAGCCGUGCGACGCGCAAAGAUCAGAGUCUCCAUCGCAAGUCGCAAAAUGACCAAUCCUACCAAAUUGGGAAUCUUCGAGCAGCCCGUGGUGAUCUAUGAAGCUUUCCAGGUGUUGAAGAGGGAUACGUGCGCAAAGGGAUUGUAUCUUUGCAGCAAUGGUGGCUGCUGUCCGGAUGGGCGAGCCUGUGGUAUUACGGAUUGCCCUUUGACUUCGACGACUUCAGCCUGCAGCGAAGCGGGCUAUACGGUCUGCGAUAUUGUAUAUGGAGGUGGUUGCUGCCCUUCAGGUUUUGCGUGUGCCAGAAACGAAUGUAUUCCGCCAUCUGGCUAUACCAUAACAUCAGACAAUUGCAGCAGCGGCUCGAGGCUUUGUGGGGCCCAGUUUGGUUACGGAUGUUGUAGGAAUGACCUUGACUGCGGAGUUUCUACCUGCUAUCCCAGGACAACUUCCACGAUCGUAGCCACUAUAACUAUCACGACCACGGAUUCUCAAUCCUCGCCAACCACGGAGCUCAGAGUCGUAACGUCAGUAUAUAAGCCGGGAACCGCUCCCACAGCAACUGUAAGCUCAACCGCAGGUGUUGUAACAAAGGUGUCCGCAAUCCCAAGUACAACUGCUGUUCCAAAGAGCUCUGCACAUGCCAGUGGCUCUUCUGGAUUGUCUAAAGGGAUAACAGGCGCGGUUAUUGGCGGGGCAAUUCUUCUUCUGCUUAUCGCGGUGGUUGUGAGCUUCUUCGUCUGCCGAAGACUGAAUCUCAUAGUUCGUAGGAGCAAAGCUUCUCAAGCAUCGCAGCGUCAUCCUGGCGAUGGGCACUUUCCUCCUCAAUCGUCGACUGCCACGCCAUUUCAAGAUAACCAGGCAAUGUAUGCUUCACCGGGGCCAGCAGGCUAUUAUGCUCCAGUCCCAACCGCGGAGGCUCCGGCAAAUGUCCAUCCACAACAGGUGCAAGAUCCCCGCGCAAAUCCGCCAUACAAUUAUGCUCGUCCGAAGCCUACUCCAGACCAGAGCUCCUGGCACGGCCGACAUCACUCAGGUGAUUCUGGCUUCUCUGAUAUCUCUUCCUCUCCCCAUGGCCGCACUCGAUCUCAUGACUCUGCAGUAUCCGCCAUUGGCGGGUAUGAGAAUUCGGAAGAACACGGCUAUCCGAAGCAUCACAGCGUCGACUCAAACGUGAGCCAUGAACUGGAUGACACAGGCAGGAGGGGCAUAUUCUCGUGGCCGUCUAGACAGCGUUUCCAAGCGGUGAGACUAGAUAUGAAAAUUCCGCCGUUCCACAGGAAAGAAAUCCAACAAGGCGUUCAACAUGACAGCCUUUGGGAAAGGAAAAGGCUUGCCUCAGUAGAGGAGGGCAGUGCUAGCCAAAUUCUGCUCGAAUCGAUCCCGCCUCACCAGCCACGAUAAUUGAAAUUCACUUUGAAGUACACCGGAUAGCUUCGCUUGGGAUUGCUAGUAUGGACAGGAUCUUAUAGCAUGUGGUAUGAAAUCGAUCUUCAUUUUGAAUGCUGUUGAAUUUUACAUGUAUUUGUUCAUAUGUGCAAUGGGUUUCUCCCGUAUAGUUUUUUUUUUUGAUAUUGUCUUCAACUCUGGCGCUGCUGGUAAUGCUGACGCUCAGGCUCAGUUGCCUUCCUUUCAUGAGGCCAUUUCUAGAAACAGUGAAUCAGAACCUACUUUCCCUAGCCCCGACU